AUCAUGAAUGACACGGUAACCAUCCGGACCAGGAAAUUCAUGACCAUCCGACUACUUCAGCGGAAACAAAUGGUACUCGAUGUUCUUCACCCUGGAAAGGCAACAGUACCUAAGACAGAAAUUCGGGAAAAACUAGCCAAAAUGUACAAGACUACACCAGAUGUCAUCUUUGUGUUUGGAUUCAGAACCCAUUUUGGUGGUGGCAAGACAACUGGCUUUGGCAUGAUUUAUGACUCCUUGGAUUAUGCAAAGAAAAAUGAACCCAAACACAGACUUGCAAGACAUGGUCUGUAUGAGAAGAAAAAGACCUCCAGAAAACAGCGAAAGGAACGCAAGAACAGAAUGAAGAAAGUCAGGAGGACUGCAAAGGCCAAUGUUGGUGCUGGCAAAAAGAAAUGAAGUGUCUAGCAGUGAGCUGGAGAUUGGAUAACAGGAGGAGUAAAGAUUCUUCAAUGACUUGAUCC